AGUUUGACUAUAAAACAUGUGUACAUAGACUUUCUUUAGAUAUCUAAAGAGUUUAUCUGUAAUAAAUAGUAUGUUUGUGCUUUCAGAACAUAAAAGACCAGGCACUGUCUAUAUCAGGAUAUCUAACAUUUAAUUGGAGAGACACUAGAUUAGAUUGGUCUGAUCCUGCUAACAUGACACAGGAUUAUGGAAGUAUUGAUUUUCUAUUCAGUAACGAAGAAUAUGUUUGGAGACCGUCAAUUAUCAUUGAAAAUUCGAUACAGGAUAUGGGAGUAAUUAGCGACAAAUCAACACCUAUGCGUAUAACACACACGGGAAUAGUAAUUUGGAGCCCAUCGGGCAUUUUUGUAGUAAGCUGUGAAUCUGACACCACGUAUUAUCCAUUAGAUACACAAGACUGCAAAGUAAAAGUUAGUUCUAAGGCCUACACAAUAAAUGAAGUAUCUUUAAUACUGGCUUUAAAUCCUGUUAUCUUAGAUUUUUAUUCAAAAAAUGGAGAAUGGGACCUUGUGUCAGCAUCAGGAUUAGAUGUCAGGGAUACUGCCAUUGGACAGUCUUCAUUUUCAAGUGUUGAUUUCGAUAUCAAACUUCGACGUCGUCCAGUUUUCCACAUUAUAAACACGCUGUUUCCAGUAGUUAUGAUGGCCAUUCUGAUUGCAAUGGUAUUUAAACUUCCUGUGGACUCUGGCGAGAGAAACGGAUUUGCAUUAACAGUGCUUCUGGCUUAUGCUGUAUAUCUGUCAAUUAUUUCAGAAAAUAUUCCCAGCACUUCUGUUUCAGUUUGCUACCUGUCCUUAUACCUGGCGUUUGUUUUAUUCCUUGCUGCAAUGUCAGUAGUUUUGACCAUAUUUGUAUUGCGUGCGCACUACGGGACCGGUGAAAUCCCUAAACUUCUGAAAAUUUUAUUCAACUGUACAUCACGUUCAAAAGUCGAUGUUGAGAUAUUAGAAAAAUCAGAUGUAGGAGAAUACGAACACGAAGAAAAUAAACUGACAUGGCAAAUAGUUGCUGUAGGGAUGGAUACUGUGUUUUUCUAUGUUUACGUUGUGUUAAUUUCUGUUGUUACGUCUGUACUCACAGUAGCAUACAUUAUUCAUUAUCGUAGUAUUUAGUUGUUGCGUCUGUACUCACAGUAGCAUACAUUAUUCAUUAUCGUAGUAUUUAGUUGUUAUGCUGUACUCACAGUAGCAUACAUCAUUCAUUAUCGUAGUAUUUAGUUGUUACGUCGAUACUCACAGUUACAUAUAUUAUUCAUUAUCGUAGUAUUUAGGGCAGAGGUCACAUGUGUUACUUGCCUGCAUAUACUCAACUCAGUUCUAAGUUCAUCUAGACAAAUGUCACGUGCUAUUGUUAAUUUUAUUUUAAAUAUUGUUUUAACAUUGUUAGUAAUAGAAGCCUUUUCGUUUAUUAA